UCUGGCAUAUCCAGAAAUUGAACUAACAAUAGAGGAACCGUCUCAAUCCACGGUUGAUCCGACACCUGAGACAAAAGCACCUGACUCGGAGACCGACGAUAGCAACCUCGAUGACGACGACAGCGAUUCUGACUACCAGGAAGAAGUUCCAAAUGCUCCACUGGAUGAGAAGGAAGACUCGAGCGACACUAAAGACAGUGCUUCGUCAGCUAAGAAAGCAAAACCAGAAUUCCCCGACGUUUUUGACGAGGUGCCGGCCAUCUCGUUCAUCUGCUGUGGGUGCAGAAAGCGGUUCCCGACGCAAGAGGAACUUCAAGUACACAGUCAAGCAGAACACGCCUCGAACAAACUAUCCGCGAGCAAGCUGAAAAGCCGGAAGCAAUGCGAAAUUUGCUACAAGAUAAUGCGUGACUUGCACGCGUACGAGCUGCACAGACAAAUCGGGAAGCUCAACUACCGGUGCAAAACGUGCGGAGAAGUGUUCAUCAGUCGGACACGGGUCUGCACGCAUUCCCGGAAGUUCCACGGACCCAAUCCUGUGGUAUCCGGAUCGAUUCAAGCCUGCUGUGGAUGCGGACAAAGCUUCGACAGUCCGGAAACCCUGAUGAACCACUCAGCAACGGUUCAUCAGCCCAGCAAACCCAAUCCGGACGAGAAACGGCCGUUUGUGUGUGAGAUUUGCUUCCACAACUUCCCGUCAAAGCUACGGUUGUACGCCCACCAAAUUCGCUUUCUCAAGGGCAAAUCCAAAGCCCACCAAUGCGUUCACUGUGGCAAAACCUUCGCCAGUCCUGGAGUCCUGCGAGAUCACGAAACGUCCCACACCGGGCUCAAGAUGUUCCAAUGCACGGAAUGUCCCCGCACGUACACCAACAAAGACGCCUUCCGGAAGCACAAAUAUCAACACCUACAACCGGAAGAUCGAUACAAGUGCAGCAUUUGCAACAAGUGCUUCAAACGGAAACCCACUCUCAACGAGCACAUGCUCGUUCACAGCGGUGAACGUCCGUUCGGCUGCCCGUACUGUCCGGCCAAGUUUGCCCGGCGGGGCUGCCGCUUGAGCCACAUUCGUACGCACACCGGCAAGAAAGACUUCCCCUGUCCCCAGUGUGAUAAACGAUUCCCGUGUACGACGGACCGCAAUCGACAUCUGAACUAUUUUCACAACAAGGCGCGGCCUUUCCCGUGCUUUUUCUGUCCAAACCGGUACCCGAGGAAGGACUAUCGGCGCAAACACAUGGAGAGUGCGCACGCGGCGGAGAUGCUCGCCAAUCCGGUGCCGGCGAUCGAGCUGUCCGGUGGGAAUCGGUGGACGAAUGAGGCUGCUGCGGAGCGUGGGUGAAUUCGGAAUGGUUUUAAAAGCGUUUGAUUUAAAUUAUUUGUAGCUCGUGCUUACAUGAAUAAAUUUACAGUAAGGCUUC